CUUCUCCUGCGAGGAGUGGGGGCUCCUUGAUGAAGCCCAGAGACUCCUACACCGCAGUGUGAUGCUGGAGAACUUUGCACUGAUGGCCUCUCUGGGACUUGCAUCUUCCGGGACUCAUGAAAUUACCCAGUGGGAGCAGUGGGCAGAGCCCUUUUUGCCUGCCUGUGGAGUCACCACUGCAGCAAUGCCAAGAGGUUGUUGGCAUGGAGCAGAGGUUAAGGAAGCACCUUCUGAGCAGAGUGUGUAUGUAGAAGGAGUGCUCAGAGCAAACCUUCACCAACACCAGAAGCUGCACUGUGGAGAGAAACUCUUAAGAAGAGAAGAGACGGAGGAGGGUGAGAAGGACUCCCCAACUAGCUCUGGUCUUCUCAAGCAUCAGGUGGCUCACAGCGGAGGGGAGUCACAUAGGAGCACUGAAAGUGAGGAGGCCUUUCACCCUGAAAAAAGGCAUUACAAAUGUGGCGAAUGUGGGAAAGCCUUUGGUCAGAAAUACUUACUUGUUCAGCACCAGAGGCUACACACUGGAGAAAAGCCUUAUGAAUGCAGUGAAUGUGGGAAAUUAUUUAGCCAUAAAUCUAACCUUUUUAUACACCAAAUAGUUCACACUGGUGAAAGGCCUUAUGGGUGUAGUGAAUGUGGAAAAUCCUUUAGCCGAAAUGCCGACCUCAUUCAACACCGGAGAGUUCACACUGGAGAAAAGCCUUUUACAUGCAGUGAAUGUGGAAAAGCCUUUAGGCAUAAUUCCACACUUGUCCAGCAUCACAGAAUACACACUGGAGUAAGACCUUAUGAGUGCAGUGAAUGUGGGAAAUUCUUCAGCUUUAACUCAAGCCUCAUGAAACAUCAGAGAGUUCACACUGGAGAAAGACCUUAUAAGUGCAGUGAAUGUGGGAAAUUCUAUAGCCACAAGUCGAGCCUUAUUAAUCAUUGGAGAGUUCACACUGGAGAAAGGCCUUACGAGUGUAGCGAAUGUGGGAAAUUUUUUAGCCAAAGCUCUAGUCUCAUGCAACACCGAAAAGUUCACACUGGAGAAAAGCCUUUUAAGUGCAAUGAAUGUGGAAGAUUCUUUAGUGAGAAUUCCAGCCUCGUUAAACAUCAGAGGGUUCACACUGGAGCAAGACCUUAUGAGUGCAGGGAAUGUGGCAAAUGUUUUCGCCACAGCUCCAGCCUUGUUAAACAUCGGAGGAUUCACACUGGAGAAAUGCCUUAUGAGUGCAGCGAUUGUGGAAAAUCGUUUAGCCAGCGUUUCAACCUCAUUCAACACCAGAAAGUUCACAGUGGAGAAAAUCUUGAAUGCAGCUAAUGUAGAAAAGCCUUUAACCAAAGUUCUGCUCUGAUUCAGCAACAGAAACUUCACAAUUCAGGCCAUAUGAAUACCAUGAACAUGAAGAAAGGUUUCAGCCAAGGGCUUCACUUUGUUCAGCACCAGAAACUUCAGAUUGGAGGAAGGCUUUAGGAGUGCAGGGCAUGGGCUGUCUAGCUUAAAACAGAGAAGCUCUGAGAGUAGCCUUUACGAGGGAGCCAGCAAGUGAACAUUGUUCAUCGAAAUAUGCACACUGGCCACAGGAUGAGAAUUGCUGACAUCCUGCCCCUCCCGAGAAGACAGCACUCUGCUUGGGACCUCUAGGGAGAGGGAGCCCUGUGUUCUUGGCUGUAUGAGGCUGGAGUAGAGUUUUCAUCUGUCUGAGUUUGGAGGGAGGAAAGAGUGAUCAGUCUUGGUUCAAAUGCCAGCGGCUCUUGUUGUUCUUACUGAAUAUUAGAUUUUCUUGAAUGUUUCUUCAUCUGCUGUAUACCCUUAGGACCAUUUCCAGAGACCUUAAAUUGUGUUUUUAUAAUUUUCACCAGUUUUAAUGGGAAGCAGGCCCACAAAGCUCCUCACACUGUCAUGCUGGAAGUUGGUCCAAAUAUUUAACUUUUUAAGAACUUGCCAGAUUGUGUUCUAGAUGGUUAUGCCAUUUCACAUUUCCUUCUGGAGUGUAUUAGCUUUCUGGUUUCUUCACAUCCUUGCUGACUUUUGUAUGUAAGAUAUGAGCCAU